CUGCCAGGCGCCAUUGAAAACAUUUGCGGACGCCCAGCUGCGCCCUGCGUUUGCUUCCAGGCCCCACCCCCAGCACUGCAGGGCUAGGGGAUUCCAGCCUGGAGUACCCUCUUCCCAGGGCAGCCUGAGCUUAGAUGCCCAUGUCAGCAAAAGUUGAGAAAAGGUGGGAGGAAUUAGGUGGUGCUUGGAGACAGAAGCAGGCUUCCUGCCCGAUGUAUGACCCCGACUGUCUUCCUCUUGGAUGUGGGCGCCGUUCCCUUGGCAGGAAUGGGGUCGUGUGCAGAGUGGGCCUAGAUAUGACCUGACCUUCACUGCAAUUGGUCUCAACUUGUUCACCAACCAUUUGGACAGGUUCCUUCUAGGUGGAGUGACACUCCUGACCGCCGGGUGGGCGAGCCGUCCACCUUCCACUGGCCAGGAGUAUCCGGCCAGCCCUGGCAACUGUGUUGGUUAAAUUUUUGUAACUCUUGUGACUUCGUGAUGUGACCUGUCUUUUACAAAAUGAAGUCACAUAUAAAAUGGAGUAAGUUAUGUCAAGACUCUUCAAUCAGGACUCUUCAGAAGGAAGCUUUUGGACGCUAUUUUCGCUCACAAAAAGAGCAUUGCAGACGUCUUACUGCGGGCCAGGGCCUGGCGCCUGGGGAGCCGCGCGGGGCUGAGGCCCAGUUACCGGGGCGGCCUCCGGGGGGCGCUGCUGCAGCCGCGCGAGGAAGCUGACAGGGGGCCACGAGUGGGAGUUGGUGGGCGAAGGAAAACAGCGUCUCGCGUUCUCACCUUAACGGUGGGAAAGGGUGAGGGGCAGAGGGUGGAGGGCGCCCGCCCCGGCGGCUCCAAGCCCCCGAAGGCCCGCCCUGGGCCGGGGACCCGCACCCUGCCCAGUCCGUUGCCCCCCAGUGAGCGCCGACGCCUCCGCCCGGGCAAGCUCGCUCUCCCCUCCCCUGUAGCCCAGGUGCAGCCUCUGGGGACGCGCCGCCGGGGAAACCCCAAAGGCGGCCCCCCUCCCCAAGCCCCUCCGCCGAAGCUCCCCAGGCCCCGGCAGCGGCCGGGCGCGUGCCCUUGGCCUGCGCCGAGCGCCUGGGUCGGGAACCCUGGGCCUGGAAGCCUCGCUCUUCCCGGAAACGGCGGCGGGAUGGUCCCGGCGCCGCCGGCCGCGCCCUGCUUCCCUCUAGCGGCCGCCGCCGGCCGCGGGCCUGCGUCUCCCCGCGGUCCCCAGCUGCCUCCCCGCACCAUGGAGCCACAGGAGCGGAGCCGCCGCGGACGUGCUGGGCGCCCGCCGGGCCCGGGCAGCAGACGGAGUGGCAGCUGGAGCCCCCGUAAGGAGGGUGGGGCCCAGCACGGCUGCUCGGCUCCAGCCCUCAGACUCCUGCUCCUGGGGAAACGUGGCUCCGGCAAAAGCGCCACGGGAAACACGAUUCUGGGCAGAGCUGUGUUUGUGUCCAGAUUCAGCGAGCAGAUGGUGACUAGGAAGUGCCAGAGAGAGAGUGGGGCCAGGAGAGGGAGGGAGAUCGUGGUCAUCGACACCCCCGACCUUUUCUCCUCCAUGGCCGGUGCCAGCGACACUCAGCGCAACAUUGACCUCUGCAGGGAGCUCUCGGCUCCCAGCCUCCACGUCCUGCUUCUGGUCAUUGCAAUCGGCUUCUACAGGGUGGAAGACAAACAAACGAGCGCGGGCAUCCAGGAGGUGUUUGGAGCGGAAGCCAGGAGGCACACCAUUAUCGUCUUCACUCGGAAGGAUGAGUUGGGGGAUGACUCGCUGCAAGAUUACUUUGAGAACAAUGAGUCCCUUAGAGAGUUGGUUCACAACUACAGGGGCCGAUACUGUGCUUUCAACAACAAGGCGAGUGUCUGUGAGCAGGACACCCAGGUGGAGGAGCUCCUCGCAAAAGUCCAGCAUCUGGUGAAUGAGAACGGAGGACCGUAUUGGGUGAACUUCAGAAACAAAGGCGGUGGGUUCCAGGAUUGUGUGAACGAAGCUACGUCUCUGAAGGAAGACGACCCACAUGGGCCAGGGGAGAAGCAGCUUCAGGCCACAGGAUGUGAGCCCGACCCUGAGACCUCAGAACUGAAGGUCCUGCUCGUGGGGAAGCGUGGUGCUGGAAAAAGUUCAGCUGGAAACAGCCUUCUGGGCAAGCGAGUCUUUGAGACCAAAUUCAGUGACCAGUCAGUGACCCAGAGAUUUAGGUCGGAGAGCAGAAUCUGGAGAGAGAGGAAAUUUUUGAUCAUUGAUACUCCAGACAUCUCAUCUUCAAAGGACGUUAGAUCGGAGUUUCAGAGACACGCGUCCCCAGGCCUUCAUGCCUUCCUGCUGGUGAUGCCCCUGCGCUCCUUCACCGAGAGAGACGAGGCAGUGCUCAGCACCCUCCAGAGAAACUUUGGAGACAAAUUCGUUGAGCACACGAUCAUUCUCCUCACCAGGAAAGAAGACCUAGGGAAUCAGGAUCUAGAUGAGUUCUUAAAAACAGAAGGUAACGCUCUGUGUGAGCUCAUUAAAAAAUGCAAAAACCAAUACAGUGUCUUCAACUACAGAGCAACGGGAGAGGAGGGGCUGCGCCAGGUGGAUGGGCUCCUGCAGGAAAUCGUGAGCAUGGUGCAGCGGAACGGGCACCGGCCGUGUGCCUUCAGGAAGAAAGAGCCCCUGAGCCUUGUCCUGGUGGGGCGGAGCGGCCCCGGCAAGAGCGCUUGCGGGAACACUGUCCUGGGGAGGCCCGCCUUCCCCUCGCAGCUCAGCACCCAGCUGGUCACCAGGACGUGCCAGAGCGGCAGCAGGACAUGGGCCGGGCAGCAGGUGGUGGUGGUGGACACCCCCCCGUUCCACCUGAUGCCGGGCGCUGGAGUGGAGGAAGAGGUCAGGCUCUGUUUGUCCUGCUGUGGAGAAGGGAACAAGGUUCUGGUCCUGGUGGUCCAGCUGGGUCAGUUCACUCAAAAGGACAAGCAGGCGGUGGAGGAGCUCAAGGCCAUCUUUGGGGAGGAUGUCACAGAGUACAUGAUCGUGCUGUUCACCCGGAAGGAAGACCUUGGGGCUGUGAAGCUGGAAGAUUACAUCCAGAACACAGACAACAAGGACUUCAAGGACAUAAUUAGCAAGUGUGGGAAUCGAGUUUGUGCUUUUAGUAACAAAGAAACUGUCCAAGCCAAGGAAGCCCAGGCAACAGCUCUUCUGACAAUGGCCAAUGACCUGAUAAAGCAGCAUAACGGGCAGGGCUAUCCCCGGGCGUGGGAGGAAGUCAGUAAAUUAAUUAAAAAGGCCCAGGAAAAGCACAAGCCCCAAAAUAUGCUAAAUAAUUUCAAAGCUAUGUUAUCUGGUAGGCCACACAUCUGGUCUGUUUAAGGUAGAGACGCCCUCAGGCCGCUGGGGGGCCUGGAGCUCUGGCGGGAUGGGAAGAGCCCGUAGCUUCGUAGCUUCGAGGGCUUGGGAGUAAAUGCAUCUUACCUGGUGAUGCUUCAGCUCCUCAUAGGUAAGUAUGUUAUCAGGUAGGGGCAGGUAAUAGGGGAUGGUAAGGACAUAAAAAGGUGGGGAAGUCUGGAAAAAGGCUUCAGAGAUUAGUGGCCACUGAGGGUCCAAAUCAAGUCACAAGAAUCACCUUGUGUGAGGGUGGACGGGAGUCUCCACAGCCAUGGAGGCCAAGGCCAAGGCCAGCUGGCGUCAGAAGACAGAGACACAAGAACCAGGGGGUCCUGGGCAUGGUGGGACAGAGAAGCUGGACUCCGUGGGUCACACGGCUGCCCACGGCUGCUUGCCAGCCCCCCUGACCCCCUGGGUCGCGUGUCUUCACGGGGGUAGGACUCAGGACUAGCACGGUCCCUUCCUCAUGGGGUCGCUAUUCCUUUGUGUUCUCUUCACUCCAAGCCUGAAUGGAAAGUGGGACCCAGGCUAGCCUUCUUGUGUCCCCGAGGAAAUGAAUAUGAGUCUGUAAGGUUUCAAAAAACUUACUAAUCAUCACAGUGAAACAGACUAGAACAAAUAUCAGAAGCACUGUACAGUUGCCAACACUAGACAAUUGUGCAGAGUUCUAAAAUUUCUAGAUUGCCUCUAGAAAAGUUACUGAACAUUCCUUUGCCCUUCUCUCUCAUUUUUAAUCCCUUAGGGUUGGGAAUUAGGUUAAAACUCAGAGAACUCAAAUAAUAACAACUAAACACACCAGAGGCUUAUAGUAUCUCCAGGCAGGAAGUCGGGGCGUAGGGAGUCUGAGGCUGGCGCAGCGCCGAUGUCCCAGCGUCCUCCUCUCUCUCUGCUCCAGCUCCGCUGGCAUGCAGCCCCCCUGCUUAAGGCUGCUGCCUGGUUUCAGGACAGUAGUGUCCCACCCUUGGCCGCACGGACUUCACGGAGAGCUGCCCCAUGUGGGUGAUGGGUGAGGGCUGAACCAUGGAAUCUUCUCCCAGGCAGAUGUAGGGUCAGGUAUUUUUGAUAUUCAUCUGUGCUGUGAGGCUGGAUCUAUAUCAUCUGCUCUUGUUUUUUAAAAUAUCAGGUUACCUUCAAGAUUAACCCAAUUGUAAGAACACGGACUGUCACCAUUAAUACUUUUGUACUCUAUGUAACUCUUAAUAUGACAAAUUCUGGAAAAUGUGUGUGUAAAUAUAUCAAUUGGGUGACAUAAUAAAGAUGAAUUAUAAACACACA